AACUCGGUUUGUUUGAAAAAUCGACCAGGGGUCUUUCGCUGGCAAAUAACAGAUUCAAAUGUUUACUGGGGCUCUGUCAAAGUGUAUUAAAAAAACAGACCUUUUGUUUUGGUUUCGUUGGAGACGCUUUAUUCGCCGUAAUUUUUUGAACUUUUUGGAUGUUUUGAUGAAGAUAAUCUGAUAAGAGUGUACUGAAGGCGUUUUUCAACUUCCGCCGUCGUUUCCUUUGGAAGGCACUUGGAGAACCGCAGCUGAGCAAGCCAGAAGGACAUAACACAGACGACAACAUCUCCUGCAAUGCAACUGCUGUAAAUCCCGAAAGUUCAACGUUUUUCACGUGAUAAUAAUGAAUAUUUCCACCGACUUUGGACCCGAUUCCGGUGGGCGAGUGAAGGGUUUAACGAUCGUGAAGCCGCUCAUCUACGGAAACGUGGCUCGCUCAUUUGGAAAGAAGAGGGAAGAGGAUGGCCACACGCAUCAAUGGACGGUUUACGUGAAACCCUACCACAACGAGGAUAUGCAGACGUACGUAAAGAAGAUCCACUUCAAGCUGCACGAGAGCUAUGCCAACGCGAACCGUAUCAUCUCGAAGCCACCGUACGAGGUGACGGAAACGGGUUGGGGCGAGUUCGAAAUCGUCAUCAAAAUCUAUUUUCACGAUCCAACCGAACGGCCGGUCACGAUGUAUCACAUACUGAAGCUAUUCCAGUCACCCAUCCUUGACGGUGAGGUCUCCACGCAGAUCGAAGGCAAGAAGGGGCUAGUGUCGGAGCAGUACGAGGAAAUCGUGUUCCAAGAGCCCACCCAACUGAUGCAGCAACUUCUCACCAAUGUUCAACCCGUUACGGCCGGUGUCUGGAAGCACGAUACGGAUUUUGAGGAGAAGAAGCUGCAAGCGCUGGAGAGCAUCAAUGAAACCAAGGUGAAAGUGAUAGCGGAAAUAGCACAGCUGAAGGACAAACUCAAACUUGCUCGAGAAACGAUAGCCAAGUUUAAAGCCGAAACCGCUAAAGUACAAGGGCAGCAACCGGCCGCGUGAACACAGUCUAAUCGGAGGUCCGGAGUGACGAGGCAGGCAGUAAAAGCCGAACAGCACAGUAGCAGUGUGGCAGGGUCAAAUGACGGUGUUGGUCUAUCGGUUUUAAUCAUUAAAAUAAAUGCCCCUUCUUUCGAUAAGCAGACACUA